CGCUGUGAUUACGUUAGUGAUAAAUCCGCACUAAUUCGAUAUAAAAAUAUUGCGUGUACAAGGGCCGAAACGUUUCUUCGUGUCAGUUUAUACUGUGUAAUUGGGUGGAAGAAGGCUUGGCAUAAAGAGAGGCUAUGGCUACUGCCUGCAUCUGAUCAAAUAGAUACUUUGCUGAACGAGAUGGAUGUAGCUGGUGAUUUGACCCUGCAAUGGGUCGAGGAAGUGGGGAAUGUAGUUCACGAGGAAGUAAUAUGCGACUUAGAAGGGGAGUUAGACACUCCAGAGGAGGAGGUGAUUGGGGCUUGUGAAGAAGUAAGCGUCGAGGACACUGUGGAGGCUGUUCCAGAGUCUUGCCCAGCGCCUGACUCUGAAAUUCUCCUUGUACCGCAGUCUAAUGACAUGGAGUCUAUUUACAUAGUACCCCAAGAUGGCCAAGGUCAUGAUUACUUGAAUAUCCAGGUCACUGAGGAAGUAAUUAGUGAUAACUGGGACAGACCGGGACAGCAUGAUGGUGUUGAAAUCCCGGAGACUAAAGUGUCGCACGACAAUUUGCUUGAAUAUGAUGACAUGGAAAUACCAUUGCCGAUUGAUCAAGAUUCAUACACAAACACUCGCCCUUAUCCGUGCGAUUUCUGCAGUCGUCGGUUCAGGAAAAAAGCAAAUCUGAUGAAUCACAUGGUAGCACAUCAGACAGAUCGUCCUCAUGGAUGUAAUUUGUGCGGUGCUAGAUACGUCAGAAAAUGUGAUUUAAUGAAUCAUUUGAAAAUUCAUGCAUAUGCACCGUCUCGUGACGGACUAGAAGAUGAUUUGAAUGAUGACGAUUCCCUCGCCCCAGAAGAGGAGGAAACAAACAAAGGAAGACGCAAAAAAGUUCAAUCGAGUGCACCAAGAAAGCGCAAGAACAACGCAGCGGCGGCAAAGCGGGCUGCUCCUGAAAUCAAAGUUGAGACGGGAAAAUAUGUGAAUAAAUCCUAUGACUAUGUGGAUGAAGAUAUGCGACUUCUGGAAGAAAUGACCAACAGAAAUUCGGCGAGAGGAAAUAAUUAUGCGUCAAGUUCACGGUGGAACGAACAACUGUCCCCGGAUCACAUUGAACCGCAACCACCACGUUGGCCUAUCACAGACCCAACUAAACCGUACGUUUGCCAACACUGUGGAGUGGGAUUUGCCAGAGAGAAGGCUCUGGCUUCUCACUCUCGCGUGCACGGAGGUGAUAGUCCAUUUGAAUGCACUUCCUGUGGUGAUAUGUUCUGGGAUGUUAAUACCCUGCGUGAACACGUUAGAAUCAAACAUGGAGGCGCUGUGCAAUCGGACUUAGAAGAGUACGAUAAUGAUGCAACUUAUACUGGUGAUGAGAGAUUUGGAGAAUUUUACUGCGAUACUUGUGGAGUACCUUUUCACCGUCUGGAUCUUCUUAAACGCCAUCGAAAGAUUCAUGUCAAGCAAGAAACUUCAGAAAUGAUGACUGAGGGUUCAAGCCAGCAUCAUGUGUGCAAUGUUUGCGGAGAGUGGUUUGAAGAAGCUUUGGCAUUACUUGCACACGCCGAGCUGCAUGCCAGGUCACCUAGUCGGCGUUGCUUACUAUGUGGCCAAAGGUGUCGAGAUGAUGCAGAAGUCGCGGAGCAUGUCCGUCAAAAUCAUGCGGAGGAUGCGCCGCCAAAUACUUGCACUCUUUGUGGAAAAACAUGCAAAGACAAACGUAGUUUGAUCAAGCACUCCUGGGUACACAAUGCUGAUAAGACAUUUGGAUGCACAAAAUGUGGCAAACAUUUCCACAAUAAGGCCAGACUCCGCAGGCAUAUGGUGUCCCAUCGCAAUAAGAUGGUCGCAUGUGAUGAGUGCGGCGAAGAAUUUCCUGAUGGCAGAGCUCUCGUCAGCCACCGUCACUCGCACAACAAGGAUUUGGGUGGGCGUUCUUUCCCCUGUAGGGAAUGUGGAAAGACAUUUGGUAGCCGUAGUUCUCAACAGAUUCAUAUCCGAAUUCAUACUGGUGAAAGACCGUACGGAUGUAGAUUCUGUUGGAAAGCAUUUGCAGAUGGAGGAACACUGAGAAAACAUGAACGAAUACAUACCGGUGAAAAGCCUUACGGAUGUGCUAUCUGCCCUCGAGCUUUUAACCAACGUGUCGUUCUGCGUGAACAUGUUAGGGCUCAUCAUUCAGGUCCAGAUCCAAAAUGUCAUGGCAGUAUGACGCCAUAUCUAUGCAAAGUAUGCGGUGAUUCUUACGGCACAUCUGAAGAAAUAGUUGCACACAUAGUGCAACACUGUGAUGACAAUACAGCCUUGCGCCGACAACCGCAAACUGGCCCACGAAAGUAUAAAAGGAGGCGCAAGCUCAAGCCUUAUGAGACAAAUCCUGUUCCCCCUCGUAUGGCUGCAGUGAGUUACGAAGCUCCAGACAUUGCAUCCGAUUCAGACGAUAAUACAAAACGAAAACUUGGAAAGAAGAACAAACAACAGCACAGGGCUAAUGUAGAAGAAGGUUAUCAGAACGUAUUGAAAAGUUUUGAAAGUUCGCUGCAGAACAUAAGCUCGAUAGUAAGUAAUUCCAAGGCUAAUCCAGCCAAAUCGAAACUUUCGAAAAGAAAGGCCAAGAAAGAUGAGAAGAAAAAUGAAACACAGACAUCUGCUCAGUCCAGUAGACCAAAAAUGAUUCACACUCAGAAAACUCGUGUACCGGUUCAGGUUGGUGGCGACGGAGUGAAGAAGGGCCAGAAAACUAAAACCAUGGUUACCAGAACUCCCAAAGUUAUGCCAAACGAACAUAAGUCUGGGGUAUUUCCCGGCGGUGAAAGAAAUAGACCGAGGACUAAAAAUGUUAGUUAUCAUAUUGAAGGGAAACUUCAACUUGCCCCAGCAACAUUCCCAACAAAACCAAACGAGGAGCCAGAAAAGAUGCACUCGGUGACAUUUUUAGAGAAGAAUAUUAAAAUUGAACCAGGAUCACAAAAGAGUAGCAGUACUGUCCACAGUAAUAAUAACGGCAAUAUAGCCAUAGCAGAGCGAAAGGUGGAGCCUACGUCAAGGAAGAAACCUGCUGUCGUUAAGAAAGUGAGAAAACAAAAGCAAGUUGUAAUAAAACAAGAGCCAAAAGAUGAUGAGUCGAGUCAAGAAGCGACGCAAAACAACAACAAUGCAAUAGAAAUGCAUCAAACGAGUCAUAUGUUAGAUAAUGCCAUGGAUGGUAACAAUUUAGAAGUUGCUUAUGAAGCGAGCAUCGUUACAGCUGAAGAAGAAUCCAUCCUUCCUGAUUUAGAUACACGCACUAUCCAUAACGAAGUUGCUGAAAAAGAAAGUUUUCAACUAAGCGUUAAAAUGCUUGGAUCAUCACCGCACAGAAUGUUGGCCGUACAUCACGUUAUCACACCAGUCGACGAGGUUCCAGAGACCAUAAUUCCGGAUGCUGUUGAAUACACGUGCGAAAUGUGUUCAGCCGUAUUUUCAAGCCGUGCAGAGCUUUUGGUUCACGUUCCGAUACACAUUUGAUUGCAUUUGAUUGAUGUUACAGGAGAAGCAUCCAGGUUUGUUCAAUUGUAGGCCUCUUUUUGUCUAAUUAAUGUUUUUUUUUUGUCAAUGCCGUUAUGGAUCCUGAACAAACUCGGCUUAGGUAUCUAAUCGUUUCAGUUGAUCAUACACAUGGGUUCAAGCCAAAGCCCCCUAUGCUUGUUACUCUAUGAGUUAUACCACGUUUAUUGUUGCAUGUUCUACAUUUUCAUUGUAUUGAGUUUUUGCAAAAGAA